AUGGUCUCUGUGAUGAAAGUCGAGAAGGCACCUUUAGAGUCUUAUGCUGAUAUUGGUGGGCUGGAUGCCCAAAUACAAGAAAUCAAGGUGGCAGUUGAGCUUCCUUUAACUCACCCUGAGUUAUAUGAAGACAUCGGUAUUAAACCUCCAAAGGGCGUUAUACUUUACGGAGAACCGGGAACAUGCAAGACAUUGCUUGCAAAGGCAGUGGCAAACUCCACAUUAGCAACGUUCUUACGUGUUGUUGGAAGUGAGUUGAUUCAAAAGUAUCUUGGGGAUGGUCCUAAACUGGUUAGAGAACUCUUUAGGGUUGCUGAUAACCUAUCUCCGUCUAUUGUUUUCAUCGAUGAAAUUGACGUUGUUGGUACAAAGAGAUACGAUGCCCACUCUGGCGGUGAACGUGAAAUUCAAAGGACUAUGUUGGAGUUAUUGAACCAAUUGGAUAGGAAGAUAGAGUUUCCGCUUCCCGCCAUUAAAACAAGAAGGCGUAUAUUCUAUGUACAUUGUCACAGGUGGAAUCCUUUAUAUCAAGCAACGGAUCUUCCUUCCCACUUGCUAACCGGGAUUAAGCUAUAA